GUGGGUUAGUCAAGUAUUGGCAGCUGAGCAUUGAAGACAUCUAAGAUUCUGUUUUAAGAGAGCUGUCCUUAAAUUUUUGCUUAGUUGGAAACUAGAAGAAUUAUUAGCAAAAUGGAAAUGACAGAUCCUUUGAAAGAAAUUUCUGCUAAAGACAUUCCUGAUAUGUUGUUCAGACUGAGGAAUAAUUUUCCAUUAGCUAUUCAUGCUCACGAAUAUCUGCAGACUAUUAUGAAGUGGAAGAGAAAGAAUCCUGACCUUCAGAUGGCAAUUUUGGCUCCAGAAGGAGAUUAUAAACUUGGAAUAAUCUUUUUCACCUUAAUUGGAGAUGAAUUUAAUGGAUCAGUUUAUUGCUAUGAUGAUACUGAGACAAUAACUCUACAAAAAGCUCUCAUGACAACCAAGAAAGUACCAUUUAACAGUUAUAAAAUGGCUUCUCUAAGUUGUAUGGCCGAUAAAUCGUUUGAAGUUAUAAAACCAAUUUUACAUUAUAAAGAGUAUGUUGACUCAGUAUAUUGGCUACCUUGGUACUGUGCCAGGGAAAUGGAGGUUCAUUUACCAGAAGGUGUAGAAAUUAGACCACUCAGCCCCGAGCAUGCAGAUCAGAUAAAUGAAAUAUGGCCCCACAGAUACCCUGGCUCUAGGGACUUAAUCGCUGAAAUAAUAACACUUAAUUUUGGACUUGGUUUGUUCCGUGGGUCAUCUUUGUUAUCAUGUGCAAUUCAUUGGUAUUAUGGUGGUCUUGGUGUCGUUCAAACUGUCGAUACUGAAAAAAGAAAAGGCUAUGGUCGUGCUGUUGUUGAAGCUGCAACAAGAAAAUUAGGCAUGAUGCAAAUUGAUGUCCAUUUGAUCAUUGUAUCUGGGAAUAAAGUUGCUGAAGCCUUUUUUAAAUCACUUGGUUUUAGAUACGCCUUCACAUCGUGGUGGGCUGAGUCUGCUGAAUGGAAUUAAGAAGGUUAAACAAUGGAAGCAGUAUUGUCAAGGAUUUACAUUUUUUAAAUAUUAAAAAUACAACUCAUUAUGAAAAUUUAAAAAUAUAUAUUAUGAGUUAAAUAUGCAUUAUUUUAAGUUUAUGAAUAUUAUGUGAAGCAUUUAUAAAUAAAAAUAAUCUUUAAUGAUUUAUGUUUGUCCUAC